CAUUACAUGCUCUGGCCCUUCCUUGUCAGUAUAUAAAGGUUCCAGGGUAGUAGGUGACAUUCAAACUUUGGAAGCACUCUUUCCCUCAACGGAAACCUUACCCUCUGCCACCAUGUGUUACAACUAUUAUGGAAACUCUUACGGGGGCUGUGGAUAUGGCUCUGGCUGUGGCUGUGGAUAUGGCUCUGGCUAUGGCUGUGGAUAUGGCUCUGGUUGUGGCUAUGGAUAUGGCUCUGGCUGUGGAUAUGGUUCCAGACAUGGCUGUGGCUAUGGCUGUGGAUAUGGUUGUGGAUAUGGCUCUGGCUGUGGCUGUGGCUAUGGCUGUGGAUAUGGUUGUGGAUAUGGCUCUGGCUGUGGAUAUGGUUCCAGACAUGGCUGUGGCUAUGGCCGUGGAUAUGGUUGUGGAUAUGGCUCUGGCUGUGGCUGUGGCUAUGGCUGUGGAUAUGGUUGUGGAUAUGGCUCUGGCUGUGGCUGUGGCUAUGGUUCCAGAUAUGGCUCUGGCUAUGGAAGUGGCUGCUGUACCUGCUGACCAUUUUGCUACAGAAAAUGCUGUUUUUCUUGCUGUUAGAACAUCGUCCUAGAAUAUUGUAUGCCUCUGAAGAAAUAUUUCAAGAUUAACAUUUUUCCCUAAAAGAUGCUUCAUUUUAUUAUCUCUACAUGCAAGUAAGAAUUGGAUUCCACCUGUGUUUACUUCAGAGAACCUGUUAUUGAGGAAUUAUGAAUGUUUCCAUUAUGUUACAUGAAAACAGAAGAUUUGAUUCUGGUUAUGUUCAAAAUUUAAAUUCUUGGUUAUCCUGUUCUAUGGUUUUGUAUUGUCCAUGAGCAUAAAAACUCCAUAUGUGGGAUAAAAGUAUAUUUUUUCAAUACAUAAAUUUCACUUGUUCCUGAAAGUUAUUGAGUCCUUUGGGCCAGAUUCAUCACCGACGUUAGUAUUUGUGGCUUCCCUGGAAGGUUGGGUAACCACUGUGUGAGCUGAACCUUCUGCUUGAUUUUGCUGUUAACAUAAGAUUGCUCUAAAAUGUAAAGUCCAGGGGUGUCUGCCUGGCUCAGUUGGUAGGCAUAUGACUCUUGACCUUGGGGUGGUGAGUUCCAGCCCCACACUGGGCAUGGAGGCACCUUAGAAAAAUAUAAAAUAAAAUGUAAAGUCCAAUUAAAAAAAUAAUAUGGUGCUGUUUCAGAUAGGAAGAUCAGGUUAAAAGUCUGAAGAAGUGACAAGUAGGCUGAUAUUUGGCAAAUGGAUAGACGCUAGAAUAAGGGGAGGAAUGUUGGAGGCAGGAGGGAGAACAGGUGCAAAGCUCUCAGCGGAUGGGAGGUUAGUAUGCUUAGGGACUGUAAGGAAGUCUGGGGACAGGAGAGCAGAAACCAUCUAGACUGGAGAGGUGAGUAGAGGCCAGGUCACGCAAAGCCUUGUGUUAUAAGGUGUUAAGAUUUGCUUGGAUUUUGUUUUAAGAUACUUAUUGGUUUAUCCAGCCAUUUGUUCUUGUCUUUGCAACUUCUUUCCUUUCUGUCUUUUUUCCAUCUUUUUUGCAUCUUUCAUAUCAAUACUAAACACAAAUUCACACCAUUUCCGUGUUUCCGCGUGUGUGGAUUGGACUAUGGAAGAUUGGAAGAAAGGUAUCUUGUUUGGAGCAUGUUGGAAUAAUUGAAGGGGUAUAGUGUCUGGUCUGGACUUGGAAAUUUGUAAGGGCAGCUCGGAGACGGGGGGAAGGGAGGAAGAGGCUAUGAGAGGGGGUACUUACAAGUGUGUACCUCAUAGCACUUUGUGUUGACACCACCAUUUUCUUCCCGUAUUUUAAAAUAUUUGUUACAUGGAAGAGAGAUCAAUAUUGGUUUCUUGGUUCCAGGAACCAGAAUUAGAUGAACAUGUAUGGAAUUAAAAGGAGGCUAACAUCUUAAUAUGUGACAGUUUUAAAACAUAACAGGCAAAAAUGGAUUUUGGUGUCAGAGAGGUUAUUCAGCUCUGAGGGUGUCUGGGUAUGGGCUACGUUACUACUUACUCUGGUUGUUACAGAGAAAUUAAAACACAUAGGAGCCAGUUAGAUCUGUCUGACUCUUAACACCUCACCCUAUUCUAAUUUUUAAAAAGUGCUGAUCCUAUAAUGUAAACAAUGCCUGCAAGGCAUAGAAUCAGAGUCACUGAAAAAAGUGGUAAUGUUCUUAACAAUGAUAGGAAAGAAGUGAAAUGAAAAACUUUUUAUAGAUUUGGAAGAUGGCCAGAGAUAAUGAAUAUAUUUUAUUACCUUAUCCUAUAGGAAGGAGACAAGGCAUGAGGCUGAGGUAAUAUGGCAAUAGUAACCAUAUUAGCAAAGUAAGGCUGUAGUAUCAGCAGAAGCUUAAACCUAGACAAGUCUGCACUGGUUUGCAUUCCCACCAACAAUGCAAGAGGGUUCCUUUUCCUCCACAUUCUUGCCAACGCUUGUUGUUUCUUGUGUUUUUGAUUUUAUCCAUUUUGACAGGUGUGAGGUGGUAUCUCAUUGUGGUUUUGAUUUGCAUUUCCUUGGUGUUGAGUGUUGUUGAACAUCUUUUCAUGUGACUGUUG